CACCUGUACGGUCAGCACCUUGCGCAGUUUGCGCAGGAACGGACCCCAGCGGUACGAGGUUUUAUGUCUGCUAUGGACUGAGAGUGGACAGACAGCUUUGUGUGGGUCUGUGAGGACAAAGAGAACCGAAGUUGCUGCGGAAUUCAAAACUUUCUGUGCGCCCGCAGAUUCUGUCCUAGAGAGGCUUCAAGGGAGAUUUACACAAGCAAGACUGGAUAGUGACACAUAGGUCCAGCACUAACGCGUGUCUUUGUGCAAUGUCGAAGAGUGGCACAUGGCCAGGCAAUGUUGCCACGGAGUCAUUGAGUAACAUGGACAGUGCAGGGAGCUGUGACAGUGUAAUCAGCACAAACUCUGCCUGGGUGAGUGGCAUUAGUGAGGACAGUAUGGAGUACCUAUCUGCUGAAGAGAAGGCAUGCCUGAUGUUUCUGGAGGAAACGAUCGAAGCACUGGAAGUGCAGGAAGACAGUGGCUUAUCAAAUGACGAGCCAGACAUCUGGUCAAAGACGGAGCCACAAGAUCAGAUAAGAAACGUUCCCACUGAAAUGCUCAAAUCAGGAAGUCUCAGGAUAGCAGAUUCUCCACCUGCUGGAUUAACCACACAGUGGGAAACUAAGCAUCACACUGCAAAUCAAAACUCUGGUUACACAAUCUUAUCGUCACCAGCAGACAAAACAAUUGACGUUUCAAAGUUAAAUGGAGAUCCUGUGCUUGAGAAUGUCACAAAAUUUGGAGAUGCCUCAGAGAAAGAUCUGGAUAUAAUCCCUCCACCCACAGACUUCAGAGAUGAACCAGAACUGGACUUGCUACCAGAGGCCAUGACGGUGGUCCUGCCACCAGCAGACAUGACCGUGGAGGCCAUGACGGUGGUCCUGCCACCAGCAGACAUGACCGUGGAGGCCAUGACGGUGGUCUCGCCACCGGAUACUAGGACUGUGGUCUCACCACCGGAUACCAUGACCAUGGUCCCGCCACCGGAUACCAUGACAGUGGUCCCGCCACCGGAUACCAUGACUGUGGAUACCAUGACUGUGGUCCCGCCACCGGAUACCAUGACUGUGGUCCCGCCACCGGAUACCAUGACCGUGGUCCCGCCAUCAUCGAAUGUCUUCACAAAGCAAAAACAAACUGUUGAUGUGGAGCAGAUGCGCUUGAGAGCCUCUGUGAAGAAAUCUGGUUUAGAUUCUUCUGCUUCUGAGGAUUCUUCUAGCAAAGCCUCAGAAGUUUCUUCAAUUUUACCCCAAAUGAUUCCCCCUUCAGAGCCCAGAAGCCCACCUGCUGUGGCCCCAAAACCUAAGAAGCUGCCUUCAAACAUUAUUUUAAAGUCACCGAAGACAUCAAGACCUGUGCCUCAUGGAAACCCAGAGCAUUCGGUACCCUCCCACAGUGAUCAGAUGUUGUUGAACCCUCAGAAGGUUCGAAUGGAGGCCCUCAAAAAGCUUGGACUGCUUAAAGAUAACAAGGAGGAAUCAAGUCGUGCUGUAAGCCCAAAGCAGCCCCUAAAAUCUCCUGCAUACAAAUGGUCACCAGCGAGCCCCUCUCCUCCAGUCAGUGCUGCUGCUCCUCACAUACCCCCUGUAAAACAAUCUCUUACCCCAGUCAGUAGUCCCCAACAAGCCUUUGUACCCCAACAGUCUGUGUUGGCUGCUGUUGUGUCACCAUCAGCUUCUUCAGCAUCUCCUCCCAUUGAGGACGCUGAUAUCCUCCCAGCACCUGCAGCUUUCAGCGAUGGAGUUGUGCCUUCAGGUGAUGAACUUCCUGCUGACACAGAGGCUCCUUUCAGUACCCUUCCUAACACAUCGCCACCAAAGGUGAUCAGUAUGAAAUCGGCAACCUUGGAGCGAUCUGGUUUGGGUCUGUCCAAUCAGAGCUUAUUGGAGAUAGCUGGGGACGAGCAAGACCUAAAGCACCUGCGCAACAUUCGACCAAGGCCUGCCUCUCUGGGGACUGGGAAAGACUUUUCUCACACUAAAGAUGAGGGUUUGGUGGCAAGCGGAACAUCAGAAUCCCAGAAGCCCCAACCUUCACAGGCAUUCCACCGCAGAGAGUCUUCUAAACUGCCUCGAUCUCAAGGCAUCAGCGUGGUAAUCUGUCCUCGCGCAGAGAACGAAGAGGAUCGGCGCCAGGCCCUGAAGAAGCUGGGACUGCUCAGAGACUAACUUCCAAAUGUACCUUUAUAUAUUGUAAAAAGACUGAUGCACAUCAUAAAAUGCUGAAGGAGUGCCUUAGCCACAUUCUUACGCUUCUGUUUUCCACAGAAUAUCAUGUGGUUGACUGGACACAAAGUAUCUGUUUCCUUUGACCAUAUAAUAGCUCAAAUCAAAAUGUCAAAAUGAGUGUAUUUCACAGAACUGCAAUGAAAACACUUUUUCACAUAACUCAUGUGAUCAACAACUGAAUGUUACUGGUAGAAAACAUGAAGACAGGAAGUUUUAAAAUGAUUUUUUGCGUGAAAAAAAAACAUAUUCACAUGUGAUUUUAAUUGCUUGUCUUAUUUAACGGAAACACCGCAAUCAUGUAAUUGUUUUCUUGACAUUCGGAAUGUCAACGUUUUACACUCAUUUAUAAUGGAAACGGAGCUUGUGUUUCUCUUCUCUUACAUCAGACUCCUGGUAGCUAUAAUGUCUUUGAUAUUAUUUACCUUUUAGAGUCUGUAAUAUGUUUUUUUUGUUUGUUUUUGUCUGCUGAUUUGUUUGACUUAAUCCCACCAGGUGCUGCUGACUGUUUCAACCCUUCACCAUUUCAUACUUUUGCAGUUUUGGUCAUUUUGUGCUUAACCUUUUUGGGUGCUAAUAGGAGAAAUCUCCCACAAGCUUUUUUCUCACAGGCCAUUUGUGAAUUUGUUCCCACCUAGGGGAUGUUUCUUUACCACUGUGAUUUUCAAUGCUUCAGAAUAAGGUUUUAUCUAAUCCACUUGUAGUCAACUGUGUUUAAACAUGAUAAUGAGACUUUGACCAGGAGGUCUUUCACAGUUGUUUUGGACUAGUCAUAAUCUCAUACAUCAUUUGGCCUGAACAGGAAGCAGAAUUACAGUCAGUUAAGUAGGAAAUUGAAGGCAAUUUUUUUUUUAAAAAUAACGUAGAUUAUACGAGGUUUAAUAUUUUACAAAAAGCUGAAUAUUUGUAUAUAUGGAAGAAAUUAUUUGUCUCAUGGGGAUAAAAAUAGGCAAACUGACCAGAGUCUGUUCUGUUUUUCAGACUUUUUUUCUAUUUAUUGUUAACUGUAUCCUGUUGACUUUCUCAACUAUUUUUUUGUUUUCAUUAAAUAUAGAACAAUAUAAAGCACUUUC